CUGCAGCUCUCAGAGAAAGAGCUAACCUGUAGGACAGCUGGACCUGCUGCUCAGUCACUCUCUCUACCCCUGGGUCUGACCUGCGGAUUACUGCACUUUUCUAUUGUUUUUUGUUUGUUCGUUUGUUUUGUUUUCUGGGUUUUUUUGGAGUUGGAAUGCCAUUCUCUUGAACUGAGGCUGCUGUAAUGAGAGCCUCUGUUCUAGGAUCAGUUUGUGCACUUCUCUUGCUGCUGCAGCAGUCUGGGUGUCGGGGGGAUGAGAUUAUCUCCAGCACAGUGAACCCAUGCUGUUACUUCCCCUGCCAGCACUGGGGUGUGUGUGUACACUAUAGCGAGGGCAAGCAUGAGUGUGACUGCACUCUCACCGGCUACUAUGGAGAAAACUGCACAGUCCCUGAGUUUUGGACUCGAGUGCAACAGUUUCUCAAGCCCAGUCCAAAUGUGGCGCACUACAUUAUCACCCAUUUCAGCUGGCUCUGGGACAUCAUCAACAACACCUUUUUAAGGAACAUUCUCAUGCGGCUGGUUUUAACAGUGAGGUCCAACUUGAUCCCCAGCCCUCCAACCUUCAACUCAAAAUAUGACUACCUCAGCUGGGAAUCCUACUACAACCUCAGCUACUACACUCGACUUCUGCCUCCUGUACCUAAGAACUGCCCCACGCUGCUGGGGGUCAAAGGCAAGUCUGGGCUGCCUGACCCUGAGGUCCUGGUUGAGAAGCUGCUGAAGAGAAGAACGUUUAGACCCGACCCCCAGGGCACAAACCUUAUGUUUGCAUUUUUCGCUCAACACUUUACCCACCAAUUCUUUAAGACCUAUAAUCGCAUGGGAGUGGGCUACACUAAAGCUCUCGGACACGGGGUGGAUGCAGGGCACAUUUAUGGAGACGACCUGCAACGUCAGCACACACUCCGACUUUUCAAAGAUGGAAAACUGAAAUAUCAGCUAAUUGAUGGAGAGAUGCAUCUUCCCUCUGUUGCUGAUGUACCCGUUAAGAUGAGCUACCCUCCUGGGGUCCCUGUUGAGGAUCAAAUGGCCAUUGGUCAGGAGGUGUUUGGACUUCUUCCUGGUUUGGGACUGUACGCCACGCUGUGGCUCAGGGAGCAUAACCGAGUCUGUGACAUUCUCAAAGCAGAGCAUCCCGUCUGGGACGAUGAGCAACUGUUCCAGACCGCUCGCCUUAUCAUCAUUGGUGAGACAAUCCGAAUCGUGAUAGAGGAGUACGUGCAGCACCUCAGUGGCUACAUGCUGAAGCUGAAGUUUGAUCCCACGCUGCUCUUUAACUCUCCGUUCCAGUAUGGAAACCGCAUCGCACUGGAGUUCAGCCAGCUCUACCACUGGCACCCUUUGAUGCCUGAUAGUUUUCAUAUCAACGGAGACGAGCUCCAGUACAGCCAGUUCCUCUUCAACACAUCUGUUCUUAAACACUACGGUGUGGAGAAGCUGGUGGAUGCCUUCUCUCGGCAAGUUGCUGGCCAGAUUGGAGGAGGCCUAAACAUCAAUGCUCUGAUAACCAACGUAGCUGUGAGAACAAUACAGGAGUCCCGAGAGCUCCGGAUCCAGCCUUUCAACCAGUACAGGAAACGUUUCAAUCUCGAGCCAUACACAUCAUUCAGACAGUUCAGUGAUAAUGAGGAGAUAGCCAGCACGCUUGAAGAGCUCUACGGUGACAUUGAUGCUCUUGAAUUUUAUCCUGGCUUGAUGUUGGAGAAAACACGCCCAGGGGCCAUAUUUGGAGAGAGCAUGGUGGAGAUGGGGGCUCCCUUCUCUCUUAAAGGCCUCCUGGGUAAUCCUAUAUGCUCUCCGCAAUACUGGAAGCCAAGCACCUUUGGAGGCAAAGUCGGCUUCGACAUCGUAAAUUCUGCCACUCUAAAGAAGCUGGUUUGUCUGAACUCCAGGACGUGUCCUUAUGUUGCAUUCAGAGUUCCAACAGAGGAAAACUUACAAGGGAACGAUAACGGGAAAGUACACACUGAUGAGCUAACUGCUGACAUGACUACUCUGGAUGAUAAGAUACUAGGAGAGAAGCUGCAGUACUACUACAGCAGCAGUGAGGAUGAAGGCAGUGACAACGAAGAUGAAGAUGGGGAGAGCAAGACUAUCCGUGAUGGCAGUGCCAAUGAGCCUGAGAUAGACUAUAGUGCAGAUGGGACUUCUGUCAACACAGGACCAAAAGGUGUGAUAAAUGAUUGGCGGAAGUACAAGCAGCUGGAGGUGGAACAGAAACAAGAGCAGAAGAAAGAGAUGGAAAGAUUGAUAAAGAAGUUGUCGAUGACCUGCCGCUCUGACCUCGACCUGGAAAAAGACAAAGAGAAACAGAAGGAGCUGCAGGACAAAAUCACAAGCAAAAUGACCAUGCAGGAGUACAACAUGCUCCAGGAAGAGGAGGAUGAUGAAGACUUCCUCCAGCAUUACCGCAUGCAGCGCAUCGAAGAGAUGCGAAGACAGCUCUGCCGUGGAAAGCGCUUUGAGCAGGUCUAUGAGCUGAAUAGUGGAGAGGACUUCCUGGAGGCUUUAGACAAAGAAGACAAAAGCACGCUGGUGAUGAUCCACAUCUAUGAGCCGGACGUCCCAGGCUGUGAGGCCAUGAGCGGCAGCCUGCUGUGCCUGGCGCAGGAGUACCCUCUGGUGAAGUUCUGCAGCGUGCGCAGCUCAGCCAUCAGCACUAGUGCACUGUUCAGAGACAGUGCUCUGCCUGCGCUGCUCGUUUACAAAGGAGGGGACCUGAUUGGCAACUUUGUGCGGCUCACAGACCAGCUCGGGGAAGACUUCUUUGCAGUUGACCUGGAGGCCCUGCUGCAGGAGUACGGCCUGCUGCCUGAGAAGCCACCACUCAUUCCAAAGACGGUUCGCAAUGGAGCCAUCAUACAGAGCACUGUGAGUGAUGAGGACUCUGACCUUGAUAUAGACUAGAGCUGUAAUAUAUUUUUAUUGAUAAACAUGCUUACACAGUCUGCAUGGACUUUACAUCAUGUGUAUGUGUCUGGACCCUUUGUAGUGAUGACGGACUGAGCAGAACCAACAGUAGUUUCACACAUGACACACAGAUACCAGUGGGUUGCUUCAUAUCAUUCCUUUGUCAACAUCAGUUACAUUCAGUAAGAGUAAGCAUGUGCUAUCAUGAUCAUGUUAUGCACUGCAAGGAUGCUGUAAGUUAAAUGCUUUUUUUGAGCUGUGACUGUCAACUAUUUAUUUCUGUUCAAACGUUUUCCUUUUGUUUAACAUGCAUCUGUAAUUGUCUUUUUUUCACCCUGUCAAACAUAAAAACCUUCUAUCCAGACUGAACUUAACUUAUUUUCUAACUUUUAUAUGUGCUGUACCAUUUCAAAUGGUAAGUAAAAACAACUGAAACACAUUUUGGACUCACUGUUUGUUGUAUUUGUAUUAAUCUAAAAGGAGAUAAAGCUGAAUUAAUAAAUAUUACCUAAGUGCAGUGUCUUGCUGUUUUACUUAAAAUUCAAUCACCAUCAUCUGUUCUGUUUCAAGCAACAGUAUAUGGCUGACAAAAUCUCUUAUCAUUUAUCUGGUAAACAUUGUGCAUUUGUACCAUAUUAUGUUUACUUUUACUGUUAAAUACUUACAAGUUUGCUAUAAAAUCUUCGGGUGAUAAUUUACUGCCCCAUUGUACUGUAUUGAUUAGUGUUUUUGUUUACCACCAAAUAAUCUUCUGUUCUCCAUGUCUUUUGAUUUAUACUACUAGUUGUAUGUUAGUGAUGUUAACUCAUUUAAUUGCCACCAUUGUUCUGCAAAUCCAAUAAAUUUUCCAAGUUA